AUGAAAACAUCGACUAUUGACUCUAAUGAUGAAUUCUCAACUAGUGAGGAGACUCUAUCCGAUUCAUCCCUCUAUUCGGAUGAUAAUAAAAUGCAAACUAGGCCUCACAAGAGUAAAGUCGUCAUUAAUGAAGAUGGCGAAGAAGAGUUUGUAGAGGAACUUCCUAAAAAGAAAGGUUUGAUACAAAAGAUCUUUUCACACCGAAAAACAAGCGAUGGUACCGAAAAUGAAUAUUAUGUAAAGUUAAGAGGUAAGUCUUAUCUUCACUGCCAAUGGAUGCCGGAGAAAGAAUUGCUUGCAAAUAAGGCUAAGCAACUCUUGGCUCGAUAUCUCAAAGUCAAUGCUAAUAAUCCACCAAAUCCACCUUAUUUCCCUGAAGAAUACACAGUACCAGAAAAAGUUAUCAGUUCUGAAGAAGUGGAAGGUGUUCCAUUCUACAUAGUCAAAUGGAAAGGUUUAGAUUACGAAGAUCUCACUCACGAACCAUUAACACCGCUCAUUCAAGACUUAGUUGAUGUAUAUAACAAAGAAAAUGUAGUACCAAGUGAAAAAGAUCGCUUUAUUCCUCCACAUCCAAAGCCAACAGAUUUCAAACUGAUUACAGCGCAUGAUCCAUCUAAAUCUGGUAAGAAGAUCAGAUCAUACCAACUUGAAGGUUUGAAUUUCUUCGUUAAUUCAUGGUAUCACAGGAAAAACGCAAUUUUGGCCGAUGAAAUGGGUUUAGGUAAGACAUGUCAGGCAUCAAUCUUCCUCAAUUACCUCCACAAGAAGCAAGGUAUCAGUGGACCAUUCAUAAUUUUAGCUCCACUUACUACAAUUCCACAUUGGGAGAGGGAACUUGCUGAUUGGACUGAUCUCAAGGUUAUUGCAUUCUUUGGAAGCAAAGAUAAGAGAAAGGCUUUGUUAAAUUACGAAUUCUUCUAUCCAGGAACAACAAUUCCUAAAUUUAACGUUCUUGUUACAACUUAUGAGUAUGCAAUCAAAGAGUCCAAGAUGUUUGAAGACAAAUUCAUUUGGCAAUGCAUUAUUGUCGAUGAAGCCCAUCGUUUAAAGAAUUUUGAAUCAAAAUUAACAGUUACUAUGCAUUCUUAUAAAUCAGAAUUCAAAUUAUUACUUACAGGUACUCCUCUACAUAACAAUACCCAAGAAUUAUGGUCUUUGCUUAACUUUUUGGAUGAAGAAAGAUUUAAUGACAUUCAGAGGUUCAAAGACAAGUUUGGAGUCUUGAGUGAUGCAGAACAAAUCACGGAGCUUCAAGCAAUCCUUCAUCCUUUAAUGUUAAGAAGAUUAAAAGGAGAUGUCGAAAAGAAUCUUGCUCCUUUAGAAGAAGUUAUCAUAGAAUGUGGCAUGACAAGUCACCAAAGAGCUUAUUAUCAAAGUAUCUAUUCAAAGAACAUGGAAUAUCUUCACAGAGGCGCACAUUCAUCAAAUACAACAAAUCUUCAGAAUAUUUCUAUGGAAUUACGUAAAGUUUGCAACCAUCCUUACUUGAUUAAUGGUGCAGAAGACCAAAUCAUCAUUGAAAGAAAGGCUAUGAUGAAUAUUGACCCAGAUGUGAAACCAGAUUUGACUUUUGAGUACGAAUCUCUCAUCAGAUCCAGUGGCAAAAUGAUUUUAUUAGACAAACUACUGGCAAAACUCAAAGCUAAUGGCCACAGAGUCCUUCUUUUCUCUCAGAUGACAAAGAUGCUCGACAUUAUCCAAGAUUAUCUUGUUUACAAAGGCUACAAGUUCGAGAGACUCGAUGGUAGCGUUAAAAGUGAAAUCAGACAAGGAAUGAUCGACAAAUUUAACGAAGAAGGAAGCGAAGACUUCAUUUUCUUACUUUGUACAAAGGCAGGUGGUCUUGGUAUCAACUUAACAUCAGCAGAUACAGUCAUUAUCUACGAUUCGGACUGGAAUCCGCAAAAUGAUUUACAGGCCACGGCCAGAGCCCACAGAAUUGGUCAGAAGAAGAACGUUAAAGUAUAUAGAUUACUCACAGCGAAGUCAUAUGAAAGAAAGAUGUUCGAUACAGCUGCUAUUAAACUCGGAUUAGACCAAGCAGUGCUAGAGAACACAAAAGACAAGCCAAAGAACGAUGAUAUGGAGAAAUUGCUGAGACUUGGUGCAUACUAUGCCUUCGAAGAAGAUGAUGGUUCAGCAGAAAAAUUCAAUGAAGAAGAUAUCGACACAAUUUUGUCCAAAUCCAAGACGAUCAAGCACGAACAAGUCGGAUCUGCUGAAGGAUCAACGUUUUCUAAGCUUACUUUCGACCUGGAAACUGAUGAUAUCGAUGUCAGUGCUCCAGAUUUCUGGAUGAAGUACAUGCCACAGGUAAAAGAGGACACAAUUCUCGAUGACGUACCAAUGGCCAUGCGAAAACGUUUGCAAAGGGAGUCUUCAAUGGACAGCUCCAUUUCUGCUGAAGAAUUGGCUUCAAUGGCCGUGAAAAUGACAAGUGACGAUGACGAUUAUAAUUGGUCUAAAAAGAAAUUAACUACAUUGCAACAGUGUUUGACAAGAUACGGAUGGGGAAGAUGGAAUGCGAUACAGAAAGACUUUGACCCCAAUUGUCCAUUGCCAACACUCAAAGCUGUUUGCCAUUGUUUAGUCAAACUGUGGAUAAAUCUUUUGGAAGAACCUGAUCCACUUCUGCAGAUGAUUUACGAUAACGGAACAAACCAAGAGACAAGUCGCUGGGAAAUCAAAUUCAUGAAGCUGAAAAGAGAUGAUUUGGCUUCAAUUGCUUCAGCUGGUUCCGGAAAUCUCCAAAGAAUCCACAGAUUGAACACAAUGCAUUUUAUAAAUAUGAUUGUUUCCGCUUGUAUGAAUCCACCUGAAGGAUUAGAGAUAGGAAAUGUAACUGCAGGAAAACCAGCUGAUUGGUGGACAGAACAAGAUGAUAGAGCACUUGUUUACGGUGUUUUCAAGAACGGUUACGGAAAUUACAAUGAAAUACAAUUUUCUCAAACAGAAGAAUUACAACAGAAGAGUUUAAACAACAGAAUCAAAGCAAUUGUCAACCAAAAGAAACUUAAUUUGAUCAAAGACGGAAGCGGACAAGCAGCAAUGACAACAACAAAAGGAUGGACAAGGAAAGAACAAAAGGCUGUUGUAAGUUCAAUUUGUAAUUUCGGUUAUCCUGAUCCUAUCAAAUUCAUGUCAAAAACUGAAACAAUUUUGAAAUCUCCAGAACAAGUUGACGAAUUUGUCAAUAACCUGAUCAAAUAUUGCAAUGAAUUUAAGGAAGAAAAGGAUGAACCUGAUGCUUCCAACUUGGCUGAGAAGUUGACUUUCUACCAGGCAAUGAGAAUCCGUAAAAGAUACGAAUUAUUCAAAGCAGCAAGAGAAUUUUUGUCAAAAUGUGAAGAAGGAAAAUUGACAAAAAGUGACAGACGUAUUUUAGAAAUUUUCUGCGACAAAGGAUAUUUAGCAUCACUUGAAGAUGAAGAAAUGAAAGGUUUGUUAGGAGAAGAUCAUUCCGAAUCCAAAUUAACUAAAAAGAUCCAACAGAUGCAGAGAUCAGGAGAACCACAUUCAAGAAACGGAAUUUUAACUUUGCAUUCAUUUGCAAUUCCUGAUUAUAAGAAAGACAAAAAUGGUAACCCGAUCUUCCCAAUCAAAGUCAGCCAGAACUUGAUUAUUAAUUCCAUGGGAACAGUUGUUUGGGAUAGACCUGCUUUCCACAGCGAGAGAUAUUUGUAUCCUGAUGGUUUUGAGACAGAAAGAUUGUAUCAAAGUUGUUUGGACUUGGAUGACAAGAUCUGGUAUAAAUCAUCAAUCCAUGAUACUGGUGAUGAUACUCCUGUGUUCAGAGUUACUGUUCCUAACUCUGAUUUGGUUUUCGAAGGCGCUGCACCUUCAAAACCAUGGUUAUUGGUCAUCAAAGCAAUCGAAGAUCUAAAGAGAGAACAAGGAUUGGCAGCAAACAGAUCAAUGACAAUUUCUGGUCCAGAUCAAUAUGGAUUGACAAAUAACUUAGUCAUGCAUCUCAUGAGAGAUAUGCCUGGCGCCGAGAAAUGCUCAAGAUACAUUAGACCGAGAGCAGAUGAUGAAGGAGAUGAAACAUCAGAGGAAGAAAACAAACAAAAACAAGAAAAACCAACAAGAACUUCUUCAAGAAGAAAAUCAAGACCUUCUUUCGCAGAAUUAAGUGAUGAUGAUGAAGAAGAAUAUGAAGAGAGAGAAUCUUCUGAUUCAGAGCAAGAGCAAGAUCAGAAACAGCAAGAAACAGAAAAUAAGCCUGCGAGAAAACCAUUGAUUAAAUUGGCAAUUAAAAGAUCGCAAGAGAAAUUGGAGUUGAAGUUUGAUUUCACGAAAUUGGUUGAAGCUAAAGAGAAAAAUGAUGCUUCUUUGGUCAUUUCAACUCCAUCUUUGCUACAGGAAAAUGCUAUUUCUGCUCCUGUUCCUGCUUUAGCUGAUAAUAGAAUUGAAGUUGCUGUUAAAGCAAUGGCUGAAUCAAUGAAUUAA